GAAAAUUUACGUAGAUUCGAUGAUCGGUGUCACAUUUGUUGUUUCAUUUUUUCUUUUUUCUUCCUCUCCUCCAGUGAAUAUUUUUUAGUACUUUUUUACCCUCUGUGCUUGACGAUGACGGAAUAUACUUGACGGUUUUUCAUGCCGAAACGAAAAUUUGGUGGUUGGCCUUUGUUCGCGAUCGAUUGGAAGAUGAGAUGGAGGAAUUGCGCGAGGAAGAUCAUGGAGAGAAGCUCCUGGGUGAUGAUUCUAUCACAGCGAGCUCGCAGAGAACGAUGAUGGAAAGCUCGUGGUAUGAAUUCGUUGAUCAUCAAACUUCCUCCUCGAUGGCGAUGGAUUCAAGCAAGGCAAAGGUCUUCUACAAGACCAAGCUGUGCAGUAAGUUCAUAGCUGGGAGCUGCCCCUUCGAGGCGAGGUGUAACUUUGCUCACGGAGUGGAGGAGCUUCGCAGGCCAGCGGCUGAUCUCGUCGCCGCAGGACCAUCGUUUCCACUCGAUCCAGCUGCUGGAGUUCAUUCCCAGAGCUUCAAGACCCGGCCCUGUAAGUUCUUCCGAGAAGGAAGCUGCCCCUACGCUGAUCGCUGCACGUUUCUCCACGACGAGGCACCGUCAUCGUCAUGUAGCAGCAUCGAUCACAGCUCCAUCCGGCCACCGAACUGGAAGACCCGGAUUUGCAACCAGUGGGAGAGCUCCGGCCGCUGCUCGUUCGGUGGUAAGUGCCACUUUGCUCAUGGAGCUGGCGGUAAGUUGUUCUCUUUCCUCGCUUUCGUUGCUAAGUUCUUCCCUUGUUCUCCAGAGCUCCAAAAGGCUGAUAACUUCCAGCACAAGCAGCUGGCCGAGGCUGCGAUUUAUGACUGUGGUUUUGCCUGGAGCUCCAUCGAUUCGUAUGACUGGACGCCACCCGGCGAUCAGCAGCUGGAUUUCUACACACAGCAAAGUCAGUACUCGACUGAUUGUCCAUUCCAGUUUCCAUACCUGAGGCCAGAGUUGUAUGGACAUGGAGUUUAUCCUGCUCUCCAAAAUGGUUUCGUCGGGAAUGGGAGUAGCUUCCAGGAACAAGACGAUGGUCGUCGCUAUGGAGACUUAUAA